AUGCUCUCCAGUUUAGCGUUCUAUCCAUCAUUAGGCUAUAAUUUGCUCCGGAACUAUUUGCAACCGAGCAAAUGGACCUGGUACAAUAGAGUUGAUGACGUACUACUGGUAGGAGCAUUACCAUUCAAAUCUAUGCAGGAUGAACUUAUACAGAAAGAAAACGUUGGAGGCGUAGUAUGUUGUGUCGAAGACUUUGAGCUGAACUACGCUUAUAAUGCCAUACGAAAAGAGGAUUGGAGAGAUGCUGGUGUGCAAGUGCACGAAAUACCCAUGACCGAUUUCUUCGGCUCUGCAGCAAGACCACAGAUUGAUUCCGCGGUGCAGUUUAUCGACUCAGUUGCUGCUAAAGGAAAGUCUGUCUAUGAUUGGAGAGAUGCUGGUGUGCAAGUGCACGAAAUACCCAUGACCGAUUUCUUCGGCUCUGCAGCAAGACCACAGAUUGAUUCCGCGGUGCAGUUUAUCGACUCAGUUGCUGCUAAAGGAAAGUCUGUCUAUGUGCAUUGCAAGGCUGGACGAACUCGUAGCGCCACUGUUGCUGUUUGUUAUUUAAUGAAGUCACGGAACUGGUUACCUAAUGUGGCUGUAGAAUAUUUGAAGUCGAAAAGGCCUCAGACGGUUCUGAGAAAUGCUCACUGGCGGACGGCUAAUGAGUACCGCCGUUUCCUUGAUCGACAUUCAUCUUAA